UUUGCAUUGUCUAUUUUUUGUUCAUCGCACGCGGAAGUGAAUAGAAAUACCGAUUUCCUUUUCCUAUAGUUAAUUUUCAAAAACAUCAACUAGACUUUAAAAUAAUAAUUAUUUUACUUUUGUUACUAAGUUUCAGUUUUAGUUGUGUAUAUAGUGGUGUUUUCUUAUUUAGAGUUCUUCAAACAAUGGAAGUGUUCGGUGAUAUAUUAAAUGUACGCUCUGUAAAAAUGGAAAAUUCAGAGAAUGGAUUCGACGAGGCUCCCGGCGAAGAGUCAUCGGAUCCUCUAGCUAUGAUACCACAAUACGUCACCGAGAGUGAUUUAGGUUUAAUACAAUCGGGCACUGAAAUUCUACAGACUCCAUUGACAGUAUUUUCGGAUACACCAGAUGAAGAUGACACCAUGCAAAGCAAUGAUUCAAGUGAAGAGAUGGUGGUGCAACUGAUGGACAUUCGCACGCGUUUGUCGAAGCUGCGCGCAAUGUUGGAGAGGCGACUCGGUACUGACCUCUCUGACUACACCUUCUGGCUGCAGGAUGCUAAAAUGUUGGAGAAUCACAAGACAUUGGUGGAGCAAUGCAUCCGCGGCGAAGGUGUAGUUCAAGUAAAUGUUCAGGUGCGCCCCGCUGACCGCAAAAUCAAUAUUCUGGACGUGCUGAAGCCAGAUGAAGAGCUGGUGCAAAUUCCCAACGAACUUGACGAUCAAUAUAUCGAGCUGGAGGAGCCGAUGGUGGAGGAUACGGACGAAACGGGAGUGGAGGCGGCGGCAAUAGCAGGAAUGGUAUCGGAGACGGGGACAGAUGUCCCCCACGCGGCCACUGUCAAGUGGGUAGUGGACGCGCAGUUCAAGAGCGAUCACCGCGUGAAAGUGCCCGACGACCCAGCGCAAUGGUCAGUGCAACACGUGAAGCUGUGGGUGGUAUGGGCUGUGCGGCAGUUCAACCUGGCUGGCGUGCGGCUCGCUGACUGGCAGCUGUCGGGUCCCGAGCUGUGCGCCCUUACCAACGCGCAAUUCAAAGAGAAAGUACCGUCGGACCCUGGGGAUUUGUUCUGGACACAUUUUGAGUUACUGCGCAAAUGUAAAUUUAUUGCUGUGGUGCAAAAUGAUGAACCUAUAAAGGAUCCGCUGGAGGUGCCGCAAUCCGCCAUCAAGAGGAAACCCAAACCGGCGGGCGUGGGCGUGCGCGGUGCUGAGGAUGGGGGUCCAAGCGUGACGGCACGCAACGGCAACAACGGGCAGGUGCAACUGUGGCAGUUCCUGCUCGAGCUGCUCACCAGCGCGCAGUACUAUAACCUCAUACGUUGGCACGGUUCUGAAGGCGAGUUCAAACUGCUAGAACCAGAAAAAGUGGCAGCUCUAUGGGGAGCCCGGAAGCACAAGCCCGCCAUGAACUACGAAAAGCUCUCGCGCGCUCUGCGGUAUUACUACGAUGGGGAUAUGAUCGCCAAGGUGGCCGGCAAGAGGUUCGUCUACAAAUUCGUAUGCGAUCUUCGGCAGCUGCUCGGUUACGGAGCCGGUGAACUGGCAGAACUCGUGCAAGAGCUCCAUGAUGAAGAGGCGGCGGAAUCGCACUGACCACGUUAUAAACAUGAUGCAUAACAUCACAUGACUAAGAAUAACCUCCAACGUUUUUAAUGUUGCUAAUUAUUGACCAACCAACCAGAGAUGUAAAAAUUAUGACCAUAAAUGUGGUGCAGACAGUUUUGUAAUUUAAUCAAGUGGCAAGUCGUUUAAUAAAUAAGUGGUCGUUACGUUACAAAAAGCUUAACUGUAAAAUAAAUUUUUGACAAUUCAUAACUGCCAUAUUUGUUUUAUACUGAUGCAGCUUGUAGUACUCGCGAAUUUAAGACUGAUCUCUGACUAAAAUUUUGUUUUUAUGUUUAGCUGCUUAAUCGCCACUCGUGUAAAUUACAAAACCGAUACAAAUAAUAAUUAUCAGAAUCGCAACGUCUUUAAGCUUUGUCGAAUAUUUAAUAAUAAAAAAGUUUAUUUCAUCUCCACAAAUAGCAGAAAAUGUACAAAGUACGUAAAUAUGUAUGUUUAUACAAAAAUAUUGUAACUCGUGGAAUAUAUAUUUGCGACAAAUAUUUGCGGCAGGGAGAGAGGGGCGGGAAGUGUUUACUUGUAUAGUAAAAGAUAGCAUUAUUACUUGUACUAUGCUUACAUAAAAAAAAAAAAAACAAGUCGACUGUAUUAUUCCUACAGUGAAGAAGCACUAGAUAUGUUAUUCAUUUUGAAGUUUAUAUUAAAGAAGUUUAAUUUACUCCUUAAGAUUGACAACUCAUGUCUAACAUUUGUAGUUAUACAUUAUAUGUACUAAAUGUGUUUUUUCUUUGAAUCUUAUAUUAACAAGAGAAAAAAUUACAAUUUGUGAUAAUGUUAUCUCACCACAUUCCUCACGUAAAUCUGUUCUAAGAAUAUAGCUUCAUUAGCAAAGAUGAAUUGUCGAGCAUUUUAAAAAAAUCGGUGAUUUGGUGGUGUAUCAGUAGACUUGGAAUAUUAGUUUCCCAUCUACAUUUUGUCCGCCUAACCCCACAAGGGAUCUGAUGUUAAUAUAAAAAGAUAGCUAGAAAGUUUGCUUAUAUUGUAAAAGAUCGAGCUACUGAGCUGAUGGGUGAUAUGUAAAUAACAGUGAAUUAUUAAUAAUGCUAUUAUGAAUAAAUAUAGUUUAUUACUUGUUUUUCA